AUGGCAUCAGAUUCCACCUGGCGUUCCCAAGGCGCAGCCAAGCGUCAAGCUAUUCUUGAUGCGAUCCCCGAGAAAUGGCGACUUCAAGACCCCAUCCCCGCUGCAACCAAAGUCCCCGAUGUCACGGGUGCUUAUAUACAGCAAUAUCUCAGCGAGCGGGAGAUUGAGAUAACAGAAUCUGAUGCGGUAGAUAUUGUUGAACAAACCACCUCUGGACGUUGGUCGGCUGUUGAAGUCACAGAGGCAUUUUGUCACCGUGCUGCAUUGGCCCAUCAGCUAGUCAGUUGUCUUCAUGAGAUAUUUUUCGACGCAGCCAUAGAAGAUGCGAAGAAACUCGAUGCAUACUUCGCGGAACAUAACACUCCCAUAGGUCCAUUGCACGGCCUCCCCGUCAGUCUAAAAGACCAGUUCCACGUCAAAGGCGUCGAAACAACAAUGGGUUACGUAGGCUGGAUCAACACAUUCCAAGGCCACGUUAACGACCCCCGUCGCGCGACAGAAGAAAGCGAACUGACCAGAGAACUACGAGCCCUCGGUGCCGUCCUGUACUGCAAGACGAGUGUCCCCGCAACCCUCAUGGCCGGUGAAACAGUCAACAACAUCAUCGGUUAUACCUGGAACCCGAAGAACAGACUCCUCUCCUGUGGAGGCAGUUCUGGUGGCGAAGGGGCACUGAUUGCAUUGCGAGGAUCACCCGCUGGCUUCGGUACUGAUAUCGGAGGAAGUGUUCGCAUCCCCGCAGGUUUCAACUCCCUGUACGGUCUGCGUCCAUCCUCUGGGAGGAUGCCGUAUCAGGGUGCUGCCAAUUCUAUGGAUGGGCAGAAUUCCAUCCUAUCUGUUAUUGGGCCAUUGGCGGCUACGGCGCGGUCUUUGACAUUGCUUUUCAAAGCGGUUUUGAGUCAACAGCCGUGGUACCAUGAUCCUCUCGCUUUGGAGCUACCGUGGCGUGAUGAGAUCGUGCAAGAGACACGCUCUUGGAUUGAGCGGGCAGGGACUGGGGUUCCGAGUCUUGCGUUUGGAAUUAUGCGCUAUAAUGGAGUGGGUCGUAUUCAUCCUCCAAUUGCACGAGGCAUGAAGCUGGUUGAACAGACCUUGAGACGGCUGGGUCACCAGGUGAUCGCCUGGGAUCCGCCGUCUCAUGCCACGGCACAUGGGAUAGCUGGCAAAAUCUUCAAUCUGGACGGCGGCGUGGACAUGAGGCAUCAUUUUGGUCUGUCUGGAGAGGCAAAGGCACCACAGGUCCUUGUUUCUGAAGAAGGCACUGAACUGAAGGCAUCGGAAAUAAGUGCUAUUAAUAUCGCAAAGCGAGAAUACCAGAAACAGUACAUGGACUACUGGAAUAGCACUGUCGAACUGACUGGUACAGGACGUCCCGUUGAUGGAUUUUUUUGUCCACUGGCGUCACAUGCCGCAGUGAUCCCUGGCCAAUAUGGUGAUGUUGGCUAUACCAGCUUCGUGAAUGUUCUGGACUACACCAGUAUAGCUAUCCCGGUGACCUUCGCGGAUAGGACCGUGGAUGUUUCUCCAGCGGGAACCCCUGCCUCAGAGUUGGAUGACGAGAUUGAAUGGGAUUAUGAUGCCAAGACAUAUGACGGUGCUCCAGUGGGGGUUCAAUUAGUAGGGAGGCGAUUGCAAGAAGAGAAAAUACUGACAAUUGUUGAGCAUAUCGGGAAAGAGAUUGGCCAAGAUUCGAAAUGA